UUGUUGGCGUGUUUCAGCAAUACAUUUCUUAUGUGUUUAGAAAUUAUUUUCAAGAUUGACUUUAAAAAACUGUGUUCUGUCUCCAGUCCAGUAGGGGGCGCUCUGCUGCUCUUUUGUCCGCCGGUAAACCCGCGAAAGACAACGCGAUCACGUGUCGUGUGUUGUGUCUGUAUGCUCUGUCUACAUGCAUUUCUAUCUAAUGUAACAGUAACUUUCUGUAUUUUUGUGUUCGGAUAUAUAUCAUGGAGGAGCAGGUGGAUGUGAUAUGCUGUAAAUCGAUCGGUACUGAUCUAUCCAUGCUGGAUAUCGAUGAUUUCAUCACAGAAAUCUCUCAGCUGAAGAAAGAGGUAGCGUUACUGGAGGAAAAGCUGAGGUCAAGAGAUGAGGAGCUGGAAAAACUUUUGUGUCAAUCAUCAUUGCGUGUGACUGAUAGGACCGCCACUGAAUGUCUGGAUUCAUUGCCGAUCAACAAAGAUCAGACCACACCACAGCCACAGCUGGACAAACAUCUGUCUGAACAGACAUCCACACAGACGCGGGACUCAGAGCUCAGUCUCACUUUACUCUGUUUUACUGAGACAGACCCCACAGUUGCUCAGGAGACUGUCUGUGACAGUAAUCAAGAUUUACAGGAUGAUAAAUCUACUGUUCAAAUCUCUACAGAGUCUCUGGAUUCUGUCUGUAACACUGAAGAGGAGAAACCAUUUCUGGAGACGCCCCUGAAGAUGUGUUCGGUCAAAUUGGUGGACUGCAGGAACCUGAUGGAGAUGAGAAGAGAAACAACACUUGAGAAACAUCAGACUGAUGAAGAUGAGAAUUUUGAGAAUGAUGAAGAUGAGAAUGUUGAGAAAGAAACCACACUUGAGAAAUUGACAGAUGAAGACGAGAAUGUUGAGAAAGAAACCACAAUUGAGAAAUUGACUGAAGAGGAGGAGAAUGAUGAAGAUGAGAAUGUUGAGAAUGAUGAAGAUGAUGAUGUUUUUAUUCCUUCAGAUGCAAACAAUGAUUCAUGUUCUGACGAAGAAACGGCCUCCACAUCAAAAAAACAAGCGGCGGCACAAACUUUUUCCUGCAAUAUCUGUGAAAAGACAUUCAUCUCAAAGGGACGCUUAGCGAGACAUGAGAAAAUACACACCAAACAGAAAAUCUUCAAGUGCAGGAAAUGUAAGAUCAGCUUUCCUACCUUUCAAGAGAAGAAGCUUCAUUUAAACAUGCACAAAAGAAAUGAGAAGAAGCAGUUUCACUGUGAGCAUUGUGGGAAGGAUUUUUUUACCACAAAUUCCAGUUUCAAAGUUCACGUGAAGACACACAACAGUGAAAAGGAUUUCCAGUGUGGCGAUUGUGACAAAUCCUUCCGUACCAAAGGAAAUCUUGUCGCUCACGAGAGAACUCACACGGGUGAAAAACCAUAUGGGUGUACUUGCUGCGAGAAGCGAUUCAGCUACAUGACCCAUUUGAAGAAUCACAUGCUUUUACACACCAAUGAGAGACCGUAUCAGUGCAGCGAGUGUGGUAAAUCCUUCAGGCAAUCAUAUUAUCUAUUAGAACACCAAAAAACGCACACUAAUGAGAAACCCUAUCAAUGUUCAUACUGCGAUAAACGCUUUAUUCAAAAAUGCCAUCUUAAAUGCCACGAGCGAAUUCACACCGGAGAGAAACCUUUCCUCUGCUCUUACUGCGGAAAGGCCUUUUCUGAUCCACGCCAUUUUAAAGAUCAUCAGAGAGUGCACACCGGAGAAAAACCUUAUCAGUGUAAUGUUUGUCAGAAGAGUUUCAGUCAACGUAAUAACUUAGUUCAGCAUCAGAGAAUUCACACGGGAGAGAGACUUUACAAAUGCUCUCAGUGUGACAAGACGUUUGCUCGAUCAGAUGUCCUGAAAACCCAUCAGAGAGUUCAUACUGGAGAGAAACCUUAUCACUGCGUUACCUGUGGACUGAGUUUCGCUUAUUUGGGAGGUUUUCAAGCUCACCAGAAGAAACAUACAGAAGAACAAAUCUCAUAGCAUCUUAGCCUAGUGCACACUUUAGUAGUAGUGUUUGUCUUGCAUUAAAGCAACACCAAAGAGGUUUUUUUACCUUAAAAUAACGUUUCCAAAAAAGUUUCAGUGGUUCAUCUAUACAAAACAGGGUGAAUGGCACUUUCACAUUAGCUUUGCAGCCCUCUAUCGGCCAAAACCGCACUAAAGAAGUUUCCAACCGUCGGGUAGCGGUCCUGUAGUUCGAGUGAAAACUACAAAAACUUGCUUUACGGCAGACCUACAAUCCAAUCAGAGCCAGCUAUGCUGCAGUAUUUACGACAGUGGUAAUGAACAAUUACGCUUCUAACCUGUAGGGGGAGCAAAGAGCCAGAGUUCUUUAGUGUUGCUUUAAAGAGAUAUUUAAAGAGGUAGAAAAUUGUGUCAUCGUUUACUCACCCUCAUGUUGUUCUAGCUAUUUUUUUUUUUCUGACGAACACAAAAUUUUUAUAAAUUACGAUGAGCACACAGCUGAUGGAAACCAUAGAGAAGGGGCGCGGUUAUGCUAAUUUGAAAACCACGCCCACCGGGGGAAAACAAUCCAACUGUCUCCAUUGACUUUGUAUUACUAGAGGCCUCCACCUUGUCAUUUCUGGCUUAUAACAAAAAACUGAAUAAUGCCUAAAAGCUGCUGUGUGACAAUGUAUACAGCUAACAAGCCAAAAAACCCAGAAAUACGUUUUUAUAAGCUGUCGAGCCGUAAAAGCCUUUAAAGAGAAAAAAGUGGAUUGCCGACUAUGUUUCCCUCUAGUGGGCGCAGUUCUGCUAAUAGUAGUAUUACGAAAAGUUGCCUGUUUUCCACUUUUGUGUCUAUAAACAGCUUAUAAAAAUGUAUUUCUGUUUUUUUUUGCUUGUUAGCUGUACAUCCUGUCACACAGCAGCUUUUGGACAUUAUUCUGCUUUUUGUUAUAAGCCCGAAAUGACAAGGAGGCAUCGCAAUGCAAAGUCAAUGGAGACGGAUGGAUUGUUUUCCCCCCGGUGGGCGUGGUUUUCAGGUUAUGAUGCGUUGCGCUCUGUCUCUAUUGACUUUUAUGGUAGGAUAAACAAAUAUUAUGGAAGUAUUGUAAUAAAUGAUGAUGAAGAUAUUUUAAUAAAAUGUGGUAAGCACAUAUUUAAGAGUUGACGUUUCCAUUGAAUUCCAUGGGAUUUGUUGUGCACACAGCUGGUGGAAACCAUUGACUUCCAUAGUAGAAAAAACAACAACAUCCUAUGGAAUUCAAUGGGAAUGUCAACUCUUAAAUAUGUGCUUACCACAUUUUAUUAAAAUAUCUUCAUCAUCAUUUAUAACAAUACUUCCAUAAUGUUUGUUUAUCCUACUAUGAAGUCAAUGGUUUCCACCAGCUGUGUGCUCGUCAUCAUUUAUCAAAAUUUUUUCUUUUGUGUUUAUCAGAAAUAAAGAGUUCAUACAGGCCUAGAAAAACAUGAGAGUGAGUAAAUUAAGACAGAAUUUUCAUUUUUCAGUGAGUACAUCCAAAUUAUGAUUUGGUGUUAUUUUCUCGGCCUCAGACUGUCCAUGAUAAAGGUGAUGCAAAAUGUAAAAGUAAACUUACGGCAAAUUUUGCUUUGCUGGCAUUGGUGCCACCUGUUUUACACAAUUUACACAAAGGUGUUUAGUUCUUUUAUAUUGCUGCACAUUUCUGCUGUCAAUUUCUGUUGUUUUUUUACUGUUGACUUUUUCUGACAUGCACAUAAAGUAUGGGAUAAUGUACAGCCAGCCUGUUUUUAUCACAGUAUAAAUCCCAAUAGGAUGAUCAAGAUCCUGAUGCGAAGCUGCUUUAGGGAAUAUACAUUAUCCCGCUUAUUACAUGGGUACUUAUUUACCAUGCAAGCAAAAUAUUAAAUUUUUAUUAGCUGUAUUUGUGGAACAAACAUUUGACUUUGAGAUGCCCUGGGUUAUAUUUGGUUAUAUUUCACCUCUGAGUUAUAUUUGGCCUAGCAACACAACAAUAACACAUUAUCCAGCAGGCAACACCUAAAACAGCCAAACAUCAGUGAACUCGCAUCCAUCAUUUUUCACUUUCUCAGGAUUUGAAAGUAUGUGAAUAGUUUAUUCUUCAUUUAUGUACUUGUUUUAAUGACUGUUGUUGUUUUUUCAUUAAUUGUAUGCAUUACCUUAAGUCAUAUUUUCCCUAUGGCGUUCCCAAACUAAACACUGGUGGUUCUAGGGAAUUGGGGUUCCUGAGUUGCUGAAUUGAAUAUUUACAAUUAACUCAAAAUGUAUAUCAGUUAUUUUAAAAUGAAUAAGUAAAUAUUUUAUUUGUUUAACCUGCGUGUCAUGUGACCAUACACAACACUGCAAUAUAUCAGAAAACUGAGAACUCUGUUGUAUCAAUGUAUCAACAAAAGAAAUUACCUGAAGGUCCAGUAACAGGUAAUAAUAACAAUGAUAUAAAGUACUACUGAUUGAAACGUUAAAACGGUUAAAAUGAAAAAUAAAUGUUUUUGAAGUUAAACAA